AUCCGAUCUGCACACCUUCGUCCUUUUUGAACCUUUAUGCAAAUAUGUGUUCUUGCGUGAGUCAGGUAACAACCAGGAAAAACAGUUAAAAACAGACAAGACCAAUUCAGAACUGGGACACCUGGCAGGUGAAGCUGCAUUGUGCCUCUGGUAGACGCUGCAGAUCUGAAGAUGAGCUCGGAACAGAGAGAUCUGGGAGGUCAGAUACAGACUCAGUUCCAGGAUGUUGUCAGCAGGCUGAGUUCCAAACAAUUCUUCCAGUCUGACUGGGACAUCGCCUCCUGUGCCAUUUUCUUAAUUUUUAUUGGGACCGUAUUUCUGCUCAUUUUUCUGGUGCUAAUUCGAUGCUGCUGUUGCUGCUGCUGUGACACACCAAAGCGGCGUCGGAUGGGGAAAGUGGGCCAUGACAACUUAGCGCUUGAACCUUAGUGAGACAGCAGUACGGCACCUUCCUUGAACAGGGCUCUGGAACCUUCACGCACCUGCUAAAGGUGUGGCAUCCAGGGGGCUGACCUUCAUGUUACUGUCUUUAUGUAGCUUCAUUGCCAUUUUCACUGUUCUGUCCAACUUUACCUGUCGCUGGAACUCGACUAUCUCUGUUCCACAGCAAACCAGGACAGCAGAGCAUGCUGGGAGUGGAGUUUACAGUGAAAAUGACUCUGAAACUACAGCACAGGGGAGGGGUGGAAGGGGGACCUACAGGACUGCACCUUUUAUAAGAGGUCAGCAUUACAAUCUGAAAUUGAUUUUUAAAAAGAAACAUUUUUCAUAUCAAAAGAAAUUUGUUGCAUUAGACUUCAUUGUUUCUUACUGUAACACCUUAUUGUACUUAAUCUGUCUUAUUGCACUGUUUUUAAAAGCAAUAUAUUUAAUAGUUUUGUUCAUUAUAUGCCCUUUUGUUACUGAUUACGUGAUAUCUUUAAAUGCAGAAACUGUAUUUCAUGAAUGUAACACUAAUUGACUCGCAUGAUGAGCAUACUCUUUCUACCUACAUGAAAUAAACUGAGCAACUUUUAAAAUC